UCUAGUCAAAUCUUAAAACGUGAAAACCCUAAUAUCAAGAAUGGGAAGGGCUGAGGAGCGAGAGAUGGAGAACGGGAACCAUGAGAUCCCUGAAAAUGCCAACGAACAUUGCCCGGGGCCGCAGUCGGAGUCGGCGGGGAAGUCAGACGCGUGCGCGGGGUGCCCUAACCAAGAAGCAUGUGCCUCUGCACCGAAAGGACCUGAUCCUGACUUGGUUGCCAUAUCAGAGCGAAUGGCUACUGUCAAACACAAGAUUCUAGUUUUGUCUGGUAAGGGUGGUGUUGGAAAGAGCACAUUCUCUGCCCAACUCUCUUUUGCUCUUGCUGGCAUGGAUCACCAGGUUGGUCUUCUUGACAUAGAUAUAUGUGGGCCAAGCAUCCCUAAAAUGCUGGGCCUGGAAGGGCAGGAUAUCCACCAAAGUAACCUUGGCUGGUCCCCAAUCUACCUUGAAUCCAAUCUCGGGGUCAUGUCUAUUGGUUUCAUGCUUCCACACCCUGAUGAGGCAGUCAUAUGGAGAGGUCCCCGAAAGAAUGGUCUAAUCAAACAAUUCCUGAAGGAUGUGCACUGGGGUGAGCUCGACUACCUUGUGGUAGAUGCACCCCCGGGGACAUCAGACGAGCACAUCUCCAUUGUGCAGUUUCUGCUGGCCAGCGGAAUAGAUGGUGCUAUUAUCGUCACCACCCCCCAACAGGUCUCACUGAUAGAUGUGCGCAAGGAGAUUAGCUUUUGCAAGAAGGUAGGCCUUCCUAUUCUUGGUGUCGUGGAGAACAUGAGCGGGUUGAUGCUGCCGAUCUCGGAUGUUGGGUUUGCGAAGUUAAGUGAGAGCGGAGAGGAAGAAGAUGUCACAGAGUGGGCAUUGAAUUAUAUGAAGACACAUGCACCUGAGAUGCUGACUUUGUUUGUUCGUAAGGAAGUAUUCGAUAGCAGUGGGGGCGGCGCCGCAAGGAUGUGCUCAGAGAUGGGAGUACCAUUCCUCGGUAAGGUACCAAUGGAUCCCCAGCUGUGCAAAGCUGCAGAGGAAGGCAGGUCAUGCUUCACAGACAAGAAAUGCAUUGCUAGUGCCCCUGCUCUGAGAAGAAUUAUAGAGAAGUUGAUUGUCUCCCAGGAAUAGUAGUUCAUGUUUUGAAUUUUAAUUUACAUAUUUAUAUACAAUAUACAAACAAUUAAGAUGACUGUCUAUGGUCCAAAUUAAUAGGUUUUUGU